CUCCCCGGCUGCGCAUGCGCGGCGGCUGGCUGAGGCGAAGAAGGCGGCGUCCAUGGCGGGCUGUGCGGCCUGGCGGAUGCUCCGGGCGGCGGCGCUCGUGCUGCUUCUGCCGGCGGGCCGAGGGGCGCUCGGGCUCUACUUCCACAUCGGGGAGACCGAGAAGCGAUGCUUCAUCGAGGAGAUUCCGGACGAGACCAUGGUCAUUGGUAACUACCGGACUCAGCUGUGGGACAAGCAAGCCGAGGCCUUCCUGCCCUCGACGCCCGGCCUGGGCAUGUUCGUGGAGGUCAAGGACCCGGAUGGGAAGGUGGUCCUCUCGCGGCAGUAUGGCUCCGAGGGGCGCUUCACUUUCACCUCCCACACGCCUGGGGAGCACCAGCUCUGCCUUCACUCCAACUCUACGCGACUGGCCCUCUUCGCAGGCGGCACCCUGCGUGUCCACCUGGACCUGCAGGUCGGGGAGCAUGCCAACAACUACCCGGAGAUUGCAGCUAAGGACAAGUUGACGGAGCUGCAGCUGAGGGCCAGGCAGCUCCUGGACCAAGUGGAGCAGAUCCAGAAGGAGCAGAACUACCAAAGGUACCGGGAGGAGCGUUUCCGCAUGACCAGCGAGAGCACCAACCAGCGGGUGCUGUGGUGGUCCAUCGCCCAGACGGUCAUCCUCAUCCUGACAGGCAUCUGGCAGAUGAGGCACCUCAAGAGUUUCUUCGAGGCCAAGAAAUUGGUUUAGAUCCUCUGGUGGCACACAAAAGCCCCCGUCUUUGGCCACUACGGCACGUGUCAUCAUGCUUCCGGAUUUCCUAAAGCACUGGACUGAAAUGGAGGCCCAAGACAGACUGCCCUUGGCUCAGCCACAAAUACCCCUUUGCAAAGCCCACCAUUCGCCCCCGGCUGCCCUUUUUAAGCCUGGACCUGUGCUCAGGAAGCUGGAAUUCAGGGAAAGCAGGACAACGGAAGGAGAAGGCGUUGCUUCUCAGGUGUGAAGAGGCCUCCCUUCUCCCCUUGUGCUGUCGCCCGAUGGCUGAGAUGACCCAAAGUGCCCCUCUCCUACUGGCUUUGUGUGACUGUGCUUCAAUAAGCGCUUUGGGCCGCAGGGGAAAUGGGGCGAAGGACAUUUGUGCAAUUUUUUGGGAUGGUAGCAUAGGCCAGAGCUCAUUUGUGGACAUCCUUGUCUUUCAGGGGUAGCAUAUCUCUUUAAGAGGAACAACUCUUAGCACCAGUGACUAGGCCAUCCUCACCAUUUAAGAGUCAAUAGGAGAUCAAUGCAGAGUCUUAGUAUUUUGUUCUCCUCCUGAUGCUGUCUCUGGUUCCUUGGCAGGGAAGCCAGUCACCCUUGGGGCCCAGAGUGUCAGGAAGAAGGGAGAAGGGCCCCUCCUGUUUCUGCUUGGACUGGGCCAGAGCUGGACCUUUGGCACCCUGAAAUGGUGUCAAGGUUCCCUCCCGCCCCCCUCUCCCACCGCUUUGGUCCCAAGGAGUCUUUGCUUCCCGGUUCGGUAGGGUACGUUCUUCCUAGUGUCCCUUGCUACGGUUUUUGGAGUGAAAUAAACAUUUUGCUGCAA